AUGGACGAAAAUAAAGAAAUAAAUAAAGAAACCAAUACAGAUAGUACAAUAACAUCACCACAGCCAUCUACAGAGCAACCACAACAGCCAGUAAAAAUUACACCAGAUAGUAAAAUUGUUGUAUAUUUUAAGAAUGCAGGUGGAGCACAGGCAUUAAAACAAAAGAAAUUUAAAUUACAAGCAAACCUUUCAUUUCAAAAUGUUAUCGAUAAAUUAAGAUCACAAUUAAAAUUAAAAUCGAACGAAUCAUUAUUUUUAUUUAUAAAUCAAGUAUUUCAACCUAGCCCCGAUGAAAUUUUAGGUGAAUUAUAUAAAUGUUUUUGUCAUAAUGACCAAUUAAUUAUAAAUUAUUCAGAUUUACCAGCUUGGGGAUAA